ACAUGAGUUUGUGCUUUCUGCAAAGUCAGUAUUAAAUACAUGCCACAGUUAUGGUGAAGUUUAACUAGAAAGAGCUUUGAAAACAGCAGUUACGUUAUUUUGCAACAGGGCAAAAACUACUAGAAUGGGUUUAGAAUCUGCAAAUGAGAAGUGCUCCAAGGAAGUUAAUGGGAUGACCGUAAGAGAUCAAGAGAUUCCAAAACAAGAUGAUGGCUAUGUUGUUCAACAGCCUAUAGAAGACACUGAUGAUGAGAAAAGCACUAUUUUCACUUCACUGGCCUUUUCACUUCUCACUCCUGUAGGGAUCGUACUGGGUCUAGCUGGAAUCGCAGCAGUGACUUGGUAUUUUCUAGAAUACCAUGCAAAGAGCUCAGAGUUAAGAAUUGGACAAUACUACAUUGGUCGACUCUCUGUUCUGAACAGAGAGUUUGGUCCGGAAUAUUUUAACCUAGAAUCACCAACCUUCAAAAAAGAGGCUGGCCAAAUCAAAACAAUGAUUCAGCAGUUAUUCACCUCCUCAAGUUUAGGUGAUUUCUUCAAUUCAACCACCGUCUUAUCAUUUGGGAAGGGCAGCUUGGUACCCUUUUUCUCACUGUCACUACAAGUUCCAAUAUCACAACAGAAGAAAGUGAAUGCUCAAAUCAUCACCAUGUUUCUCCAAGGGGUAUUAAGUAAAAAUGGAACGCAGAAAGUUGCACACGUUGGACGUUAUGAUGUUGAUCCCCAGUCAGUUGUGUUUAAUGAAACAAGUGCAAAAGAAAUAGAUGAAUUGGAAGCCACAUUAGGUUGCUACAGAUACAAUUUAAUUCAGCCUGAUGAAUUUAUAGCUCUUAAAGGACCGGACUCUGCUCUCUCGAGAUGCAUGUGGCACCUGCAGGCUCCAAAAGAUCACAUGAUUAAGUUGACGGUAGAGUGGACUCUCUCUGACUGCAGGGAUCGUUUGGCAAUCUAUGAUGACCUACUACCUCUGGAAAAAACGCUCAUCACUCUCUUGUAUGGCUGUAGUCGUCAGGAACCUGUAGUGCAGUUACUGUCAACAGGAGGCAUGCUGACCAUUAUCUGGAAGCAAGGAGAGUACAGCUUUUAUGACCCUUUCCUACUCGCUGCCCAGGCAGUACCAUUUCAAGCUUGUGAAGCCGACUUUAUCCUGGAACGUCAGCUUGCAAUCCAAGGCAGUGUCAGCACUCCAUACUUUCCAAGUUAUUAUGCCCCCAACACCAAGUGCUUAUGGCGUUUCAAGCUCCCAUCAUUGGAAUAUGGACUUGCCCUGUGGUUUGAAGGCUAUGAACUGGCCAGUAUGUAUUUUAGCCAGGCAUGCACUCAGGGUCAAUGGAUGAUACAAAAUAAGAGGCUUUGUGGAAUGCGAAUCUUGCAGCCUUACGUAGAAAGAAUCUUUACAUUGUCACGCAUCAUUACCAUUACAUUUGCAUCUCAGAUAUCUUUAACAGGACCGGGGGUACAGUUCCAUUUUGGUCUCUUUAACCAAUCAAAUCCUUGCCCUGGUGAAUUUUUUUGUUCACUGAAUGGACUCUGUGUUCCACCCUGCGAUGGUAUAAAGGAUUGUCCAGAUGGCCUAGAUGAAGCAAACUGUGUUUGUCCAGCUAAAUUCAGAUGCAAAGAGGACAACACAUGCAUUGAUUUUUAUCAAGUCUGUGACACCCACAUGGAUUGCGUAAAUGGAACUGAUGAAAGCAAGUGCACUGAAGGAAUACAGUGCACAGCUUCAUCUUACAAAUGUGCUGAUGGCAGCUGUAUAAAGAAGCCCAAUCCUGAAUGUGAUCUCACAACUGACUGCCAUGAUAUGUCAGAUGAAAACAAUUGUGACUGCGGAUUCCAAAGUGCCAGCAACAGAAUUAUAGGUGGGACUGAUUCUUUGGAGGGAGAAUGGCCGUGGCAAGCCAGCCUUCAGGUGCAGGGAUAUCACCACUGUGGAGGUGCCCUUAUUUCUGAUAAAUGGGUGGUCACUGCAGCCCACUGCUUUCAAGAUGACAGUUUGGCUUCUCCAUCAGUAUGGACGGUUUACCUUGGCAAAAACAAGCUGAACAUGACAAGUAAAAAUGAAGUGUCCUUCAAAGUGAAGAAGAUUGUUGUUCACCAGUACUAUGAUUAUGACAACCAUGAUUAUGACAUUGCGCUUCUCCAGAUUGAAAGACCAGUUAUGAAAACACCCUUUGUUCAACCUGUCUGCUUGCCUGAUAGUGCCCACAUAUUUCAGCCAGGAAUUAAGUGCUGGGUCACUGGCUGGGGAGCUGUCAAGGAGGGAGGUGACAACACUAACAUUUUACAGAAGGCGGAUGUUCAGGUCAUAAGUCAAGAUAUCUGCAACUGGUCAUACCAGUAUAAGAUAACGCCAAGGAUGCUGUGUGCAGGUUAUGCAAAAGGAGAGAAGGACGCAUGUCAGGGUGAUUCUGGAGGACCUCUUGUCUGCGAGGAACCAAGUGGACGAUGGUUUCUAGGUGGACUUGUAAGCUGGGGUAUUGGUUGUGCCAGGCCAUACUAUUAUGGUGUUUACACAAGGAUGACAAAACUGGUAUCCUGGAUUCAUAUGGUUAUUUCAUGAAAAAUCAGUUUUGGGCACAUUUAAGAAAAUAAAAGCAAACCUAUAGAUGUCAGAGUGUUCUGUCUAUACAUGCAGCUGCAGAUAUAAUUUAUGCAUUUCUUCCAAAAGGAGGUAUGCUUAUAUAUUUACAUCACUAGUCUCCAAGACACCCACAUUAGGAAAAAUAAAGAGUCAAACAUAUUUGGCACCCUUGUAAAUACAUUCAGGAUAAAUGUCUCUAAUCUUUAGAUGUAUAGAUCGAGUUUUAUAGUCUGGAAUGUUAUUUCUUUGUCAAGCACAUGGCUGAUACAUCACUGUUACCAUUCCUAGUUUAUUGUCUUUAAUAAUGCAAAAUCUAGACAGUACUUUGAAUAUUUCCAUAACAUGUGUUUUAUUAUUAUUAUUAGAGACGGUCCUUAAAACUGCAGCAGAGUGAUUCUAUGAAAACAUUUUAUAUUUUGUUAAGAAAUUCUGAUUAACAGUUGUUUUUCUGGUACUACACAUUUACUCCGUGUUUACACAGGCAUGGAUAAAAGACCCUAAUACAACAUUAUCAGUAAUUUACUGCGAUAGUUUGUUGUGCCUCAACAAGUCAUACAGAAAUAGUACAAAGAGCUAAGAUAUGAAAGUUGAACAUUUAAUUUAUCAUUCAAUACAUCAUGUGUCAGAUAUUUUCAGAAUGACAUUGUUUUUAUCACAAUAUGAAGAAGAAUGUAUACAUAUAAAGACAAGUAUGAAGAGGAUGUUUUACAUUGCGAAUUACAUGGCAAUCAGUGAGCAUUAGAACAAACCCAUAAGGUUUCUUGGAGAGCAUGCAUUUUGUGGAGGAGUAUAAAAACUUAUAGCCAGCUCUGUAAAUGCAGUGUGUAUACAUAACUGGGCAGACAAGUUUAAAGAAAAUAUACUGCUUAUCUGUAAACAUGCAAUAACUCAUUGUAAUAGCACUACAGGUUAUUAUGGCUUUUCGGCAGUUUUGUAUAUCCAUUAAAACAAAGAAUCAACCUACAAGGAAGGAAUCAAUAAAAUACACUUUCCUUUA